UAUGUUAUGACUAUUUGACUGCCCGCUAAUGUAAAAGCCGUACAAAAGCAUGGCUUUAAUAUUAGAUUCACAAUAUUGGGUCGGAGAAAUAUUUUUGAUAACUGCCUGCCUUUUUCUGGCACUUAAGAUUUUAAAAUCAUUCACCAUAAGAAAAUUGGAUAUCAGUAACUCAAAUUGCAGAAGGCUUGAUUUCAUGGAGAAGUUUACGGAAAUAGUAGCAGAUGAAUGUGAUGGCCAAGGAAAUCUAUGUUGUGUUAUAUCUUUCUCGUCUAAACAAAGCCUUUCUAUUAAACAUGUUUAUGACGCGUUGGUAAUGUUGGCGAAACGCCAGCCAAUGCUAAGAGCUGUUGUUUCAACAAAAAUGACGGGAACUGUAUUUCGAGAUCAAAAAUAUCGAAGAAGCUCUUCAGUUCUUUAAUAUCACAACAUCCAAAGUUAAAAUUUCUAAUUGGAAAGAACUAAUAUUCAAGAACACUGCAACAGUACAUAAAAACCUUUUGUCUUGGAAAGCCGUUAAGCUACAAGAAGAAUUCGAUGCGACAUCACAAGAGUAUUUAAAUAUGAUAAUGUUCGCCAUGAAGCAUUCGUGUUUUGGCGGCGUUUCUGCUGUGAAGUUUGUUCAACAAUUUUUGAAUAACAUAAAUGAAAUAGCAAGUGGUGUUAACAAUGCUGAAAAAGACGUAACAAGUUUUGAUCUGUGGCCUAGUGCUCAUGAUCUUGUGACCCAAAGAAGAGUUGGUCAUUUGUUGUUUCGCAUAAUAGUUCAUUAUAGUGGACUUCGUCCAGUCUUGGAAUUUAUUUUAGGACAAAUGAUCUCGUAUACUCUAAGGAGGAAAGCAAUCAAUCCAUAUUAUCAAAGGCACCCACCUCUUAAACUCGAUGAAAUACCAUAUGAUUCAUUACAGCGUACAGAUACGAUGACAUUUUCAGAAAAGGAGACCAAGUCAAUUAUAAAGGCAUGCAGAGACAAUAGGUGUACAGUUACUGGAGCAAUAUUAGCUGCCAUACACUUGGCAUUUUACCAAUUGACAGGUGAUAAAUAUAGCAAAUUCAGUCUUGAAACAGCAAUCCCUUUUCAUAAUCGACCAUACUGCCAGCCAAAAGCCCCAUAUGAAUACAUAGGUCUUUUUGCCUAUUUUUCGAAUUAUUACUUAAAGUAUUCACAAAAUAUUCGAGAAGACUUUUGGAUGAUGGCAAAAGAAAGCACAAGUCAGUUAAAAGACAUUGUUGAAAAUCAAAAAUUUGUCAAAGAAAUAUCUUUGUUGAGUGCUCUUAGUCCAAUCUUGCUCGUUCGCUCUAAUUGUACAAAAAGUGCUUAUUUAACAUCAAGCAGCAAUGUUGUUUCAAGUUUUGGCAGGUUUAGUUUUGAAGAUCUUCAUGUGUCUAAUUCAAUGACUUAUAAGUUGAAAAACUGUUACAUUUUUCCUUUUUCUCCUGGAGUAAACUCCGUGUUUGGACAUUUCCUGUACACUAUUAAUGGUAAACUGACCUGGAAUAUAGUGAGUGAUAAAACUCUUCCAGAUGCUCAUGCUCAAUAUUUCAUUGAUUUAUGUUCUCAAAUAUUGCUUACUAACUGUUCUACAAAUUCAACUGUGGUAUAGUAUAAAAUACGUAGCAAAUGACCCAUGGUACACUGAUGAGUUACAGCAUAUGGAUUUUAAUUGAGAUUAUAUUAAUAUGUAUUGUAAAAUCAUUAUGCUCAAUUUUAUUUCCUUUAUUUAAUAUUUCAUUCUGUUAAUAGCUGUAGUUUGGCACAAUUACUUUUUUAAGUAAAAAAUACUCAUUAAUAUACAUGUGGUUAUCCAUUUUCCCGCACAAAAUUCACCCACUUAUGUUUGAAGAUAAUUCGAUCAUUUUGAAGUCAUGCAAUCUUUCUCAUUAAUUUA